CGCGGGGAAGCAGGCGUCGGCUCGUCCCGUCGCGACACGCCACGUCAUCCCGCCUCUGUCUGAACUUGGACGCCUUCCCGUCCACCUUCCCUCUCCUCUUAAAUAUGAUAUAAUCCUCUCUGCUGUCGUCCGGCUUUUCUUAACACGAAAAUAGAGAGAGAAAGGAGAGACAGACAUGGAAGGAGAAAAGAGGAAAGGAGGAGGAGAGAAGAAGGAUAUGUUCCAUGUGAUUCAUAAGGUGCCGACAGGGGAUAGCCCUUAUGGUCGAGCCAAGCACAUCCAGCUCGUGGAGAAGGAUCCAGAAAUGGCGAUCGUAUGGUUUUGGAAGGCGAUAAAUGCUGGGGACCGGGUGGACAGUGCACUGAAGGAUAUGGCAGUGGUGAUGAAGCAGCAGGACCGUGCAGAGGAAGCGGUCGAAGCCAUCAAAUCUUUCAGGCACCUGUGCUCCAAGCAAGCACAGGAAUCCUUGGACAAUCUCCUCAUUGACCUUUUCAAGAAAUGUGGAAGGAUAGAGGAGCAGAUAGAGCUUCUAAAGCAAAAGCUACGGAUGAUAUCCCUUGGCGAAGGCUUCAAUGGGAAGACCACCAAGACGGCACGCUCCCAUGGCAAAAAGUUUCAGAUCUCGAUCCAGCAAGAAACUUCGCGCAUUCUGGGCAAUCUAGGUUGGGCCUACAUACAGCAAAACAACUAUGAUGCAGCUGAGAUAGUAUAUCGCAAAGCUCAAAUGAUCGAGCCUGAUGCGAACAAGGCCUGCAAUCUCGGCCUCUGCCUCAUUAAAAAAGGAAGGUUCGAUGACGCCCGGGCGGUGCUCGAGGAAGUCCUGCACCGUAGGUACCCAAGCUCGGAUGACAGCAAGAUAAUUAGCCGGGCGGAAGAGUUGCUGCGUGAGAUCGGACUGCAGCCGGCUGUUUCUCCAUUGGAGGUGGGCUUGAGCAUACAAGAGGAAAUCAUGGACAGAUUGGAUCUUGUGAUAAACGAGUGGGCCCCGUUCAGAUCCAAGAGGUUACCAAUAUUUGAGGAGAUUUCCACCUAGAAAGACCAGAUAGCUUGUUGAUUCUUUUAGCUAGUCUGUUUUUGCCAUGUUAGGAUGGAAAAUGUGUGCAUAUCUAUAUAGUCUAGUGGGAGGAUUUAUGGAGGGCAGUAGAUGGUGUAUGGGACAGAAAAUUUCACCAUUGGUCUUAACAUUAAGUUUGUUAGUGUAGAAUAAAAUAGUUUUUACACGGGGGUAAGAAAAAUUCCUUUGGAUUUCAUAUUGAUUAACAGAUAAUUUUGCAAUAAAUUGGUAUAGAGCCAAAGGUUCAGAUUUGUCCAUCAAAUCUGUUUUGCUCUUUUGAUUA